AUCGGUCCCGCUUUGGCUCCUGUCGAUCGCCGCCACCCGUCGAUUCGCAACUUGCAACUCGCCCUCCCGCAAGCUUCUUCACGGCGCCAUGAGACACGAUGCCCAUCUGCAUCGAGUGCUCAUAUCCGGUCUCGCACCUGUAUAGCGCCUACAGUCGUGCCGAUGAUCGCUCCCAGGGCAAAGGCGUGCGAUUGACCCAGUGUCCGCGCUGUCAACGAUUCGCCGACAAAUACGUCGAAUAUGACUUUGUCGUGAUAUUCAUCGACCUUGUGCUCAUCAAACCACAGGUCUAUCGCCAUCUCCUGUUCAAUCGACUUGGACGCGAUGACAACCGAUUCGAUCGUUCAAUCAUUCGCUUGGGCAUCCUACUUCUCCUCUUCGACGUCUACCUGACCUGGGCCCGCCUCGAAAAGGACCCCUCCCUCGCAACAACCUUCGUCGCUCGCGCCCCGAUCAUCGUGCAAUACCUGUUCUUCCUGACCCUGAACGCGGCAACAACACUCGCGCAUCACUUCACCGUUCGCCUCCUCGCCUCAAUCCUGGUACCCAAGUCCCACCGCUAUGUCGCCGCCGAACCGACCAGCGGGGCCAACACCGCAAGCACGGGCGACACCACCCCCUCUCCCAUCAGGCCCUCCCACGCCUACAAUCAAAGCGUCGCCUCCGUCACAGUCGAAUACACAAACACAGCAACAUCUAAGCCUAGGUGCAGCUGCACUCACUCCCAACCCUCCCACCCACGACCCAACCUUUCCAGAACCAUUACUCUUUCCACCAAAUGCACCCAUCGCAGCACCACAGCGUCCAUCUCUCCGACGCACCUCAACAGCACCGCCGCAAAACAUCCAACCUCUCCCGCCCCCAACCGCCGCAAGCCCGACAGCAAUCAGCACGGCACUACUAUGAUCUGGGGCGGCAACAGCAACGUGAGCGACGUGCAAGCCGGGAACACAGGGGCUAGGAAAGACGUGGGCGCAUCGAAGGCGGCGCUAUCCUCUAACCGAGACUCGACAUCGCCCUCAUUUCUGGAAUCGUUCCUUGCCGCCGCGGAGUCUUCCUUGCGGCCCUAUCUACCGACGCGAUAUGUAACGGGUCUAUUCGGCGUGCUUGCGUCGCUGUUGUCGCUGGGUGUUGUGGAUACGCAUCUUGUCCUGCUGAGCAACAUCGAGGCGCUUUAUAUCCUGCUCGGAUGUGGGUAUCUGCGCGCGGUGGCUGUUGCGGUUGCAGGGCAGAUUGCUCGGUGGGCGGUACAGAGAGUUAUUCUGGGUGCUGUUGGAGUCGGAUAG